ACUGUGGUGGUGGCAGGUUGCACAGUGUCCGUGCUCUGUAACAUCACUGGGAUAAUAAAACACUGGAUUUCCAAAAUACGAGAUGAAGAAACAAAUAAUGAUCAAACAUACAGGGCCAUUAAAACUCGAAAAGAGGCCAAAUGCCAGCAGCAAUGCUGACCUGGAAGCGAGUGAAGCGCUACUGGCACUGCAAUUCACUACCUCAUCGUCUGGUGGCUCUUCGAAAACUAGCCUUGCAAACUCCUUCAAGAAAGUCAUGAGUAUGAACGAGAGAAAUUGUCCAGCUCAUGUUACGCAAUCCCACAGUCAAAAUUAUAACGCAAAUCCGUUUAUUAUUGGAAACGCAAUCCAGCGAAACCGAGGUAUGCAGCCCCUAGACCUGCAUGUAGAACCGAAGAUGGAACGGAGCUUCGAUACUGCUGAUUAUUUUUCGUUCAACAACGAGACAAAAAUUAAAGAACAGUACCACAAUUCAUCUCUAGAAUUCAUAAAUGUAUCAGAUACUCAUGCUUCUCAUAACUCGCGAGUCCUGGACUCUCGUGAAAAGUUACUGUCGGCUCUAAGAAGAAAUGCCGACCAAACCCAAUCUUAUGAGGGAGGACCUGGAUCUUUCUCAUCGCUUUCUCCUCCAGUUAAUCUUCCUCCUUCACCUCCGGCAUCGCAGGGAGGAGCCUCGCCUCACCACAUGUCUCUUGAUUCUGAUGGUGAAGAUCUCACCGAUCGAUUUUCCAAGACUAAAGAGAAUCUCCUGCCUAUUGGCUACGUUGGUCCCGAGUCUCCACCCUUGUCCCCUACUCAGUACUUCGGGUAUUUUUCAAGUCCUUCGGCUUCUUCCUCUCCCGCACUAUCAUCCCCCCUAUCAAGUGGAUUAUCCGUCCCCGUGUCUGUCAUUGUAAAAGCUGGAAAAGCAAAACAUUCUCGCAAGCUUUCCACAUCUUCUUUUCAGGAAGAAGAAAGACACUCCACGAAUGCCUAUGAUUUAAAUGACUCUUCGCAGAACUCGUACUUAGACGUCACUGGUGAAAGCUGUCAAAAUCCGUUUAGCGCCUCGGCAUCAGUGAGUGAAUUUGAGAGCGGAAAUGCUUCAAAUGCGAACUGUAGACCCAGAACUAUGGCAGAAAGGAAGAUGUACCCAGCAAGGCAAGCGAUGCAAACCGAGCCAAGCGAACUAUGUCACAACCCUUCAUACACAACCUUUCAUGGACAGUCUUCUUGUGAUUACACGAACGACGCUGUUGAAGCUUCAAGAUCCAAGAAAUCGUUUAAAUCGCAAACCAUUGAGUAUCAAAGUCAGCUUUUGAGCGAAGUACCUUUUUCUUCUCCAGUGCCAUCGCCUAUCACUGAUUCCGUCGAUAGUUGCUACUCGGUUGAUAAACCUGCCGGCAACACCAAACAUUCGUCUGCGAUGAACAUGCAAUACCCCGUUUCUCAACCAAUUGCAAUUGCUCCCAAAUUACCUGCUGGUCUCAUCCCAAUUACUUCAACGGCUGAUAUUGGAGCCAUUCAAAGUGCUAGUGUUUUAAAGACCACUCCCGGAAUAAUGCAUUUAAUCAUCACAAACGGUGAUUCUGGAACGGCUCCUACCAUAAUUCUAGCUCCUUCUAUUGUUGCCCACUACCAAAAUCAGCAGCAAGUCGUUGAUCAAAGGAAGAGAAUGUACAAGUGCCCUGUCGAGAACUGCGGUAAAACCUAUUUUAAGUCAUCUCACUUGAAGUCUCACGAACGUACCCACACCGGAGAGAAACCUUUCGCUUGUCAAGUCUGCGAGAAGAAGUUUGCUAGGUCUGAUGAAUUGUCUCGUCAUAAAAGAACUCACACCGGUGAGAAAAAUUUCCAGUGUCCUGAAUGUGGCUUCCGAUUCAUGCGAUCUGACCAUCUUGCAAAGCACAUGAAGAGACAUACGAGGAAGCAGAUUAGCUCCGGCACACAACCUGUGGCCCCAAAACUACCGGCUAUGACUGCAUCAGCCAUCAAUUUUAUUACUAUCCAAAACGCAUCUGCACUCCAAGCCACUCCGCUCCAAAUAACCUUACCUAAAAAUAUAUAAAUGAACUAUUCAUUUAUUCCUAAGACUAUCUCACUUAAUCCAUUGUAAUUUGCCGUCCUUAUUGAUUAUAAUUAGCGAUGAUAAAUUCCAGAGCUGAGAAAUGUAUCUCGAAGUUUUUUGUGCAAUAUUGUAAUCUACUGAUAGAUGAGAAUAACCUUGAAAUUUACUAAGCUUUUCGAUUCAACGAUACACUGGUGUAUCGCAUUUUAAUGUUUUGAAAGAAUAUAUAACAGCAUCCUUCAAUACAUCACCUCGACCAUGUUUGACAGUUUGAAGUUCCGUAUUUUAUGUGUUAGCUUAAGACAAAUUUUUCACAGGGUGCUGGGAACACAUGUGUCUCUCAUCCGUCUUGUGAUAUACGUGUUGUUUGCGUCGCCAAGUGCGACUGACUACCAAAGAUAUAAUAAUUUUAUACAUUCUUAUAAUCGUUUUUAAU